GAGACGCCGUGCUGCUUCUGGAGCUCGCUCGCUCGCUCGUUGGACUGGUCGGCGCUGCCUUCGCGGCGACGGGUCCACAGCCGGCGGGGCCUGCGAGGCCUGCGGGGCCGGGCCCCUCCAUCCGGGAUGGGCCGGGCCGCAGCCGGGACCGCCGCCAUCGUUAUCAGCCGGGAUCGUGCGAGGCAAAACCCAGACGGAACCGGGGCGAGUACAGUUAUUACAGAACUGGACACUAAUUGGAUGACUCUAAAAGACGCUGGGGCUCAUUAGGGGAGAUCCUGUCUCGGUGAUGCCCCCACCGCCAUUGGCUUUUCUCGCAAGCUGUUCUGAUUGGGACCAACACACGCUUCUAUUUAUGCUCGGGCAGGUUACACCAGAUAUGACCACAUCGCUUGCAUCGUCGGAAGCCCAAAGGAACAGCAGGAUGUCCCAGUAACCGUUGUCCCUAACAGGGCCAGUCCGGAAAACCAUGCAGUCAUCCGGGCACAGGUUGCGUGAAGUUGAACACCAUCCACUUCUGGCUGAGAACGACUGCUACGAUUCAUCGUCCGCGUGUGACGCGGGAGAUCGCCUCUGGUUCAUCCGCGACAGCUGCGGGAUGGUCUGCGCAGUGAUGACCUGGCUUCUGGUGGUCUACGCCGACUUCGUGGUCACCUUUGUCAUGCUGCUGCCUUCCAAAGACUUCUGGUACUCCCUGGUCAACGGAGUCCUUUUCAACGGCUUGGCUGUGCUUGCGUUGUCUUCUCACCUAAGAACCAUGCUGACGGAUCCAGGUGCUGUCCCCAAAGGAAAUGCGACAAAAGAAUACAUGGAGAGUUUGCAGUUGAAACCAGGGGAGGUCAUCUACAAGUGCCCCAAAUGUUGCAGUGUGAAGCCAGAACGUGCCCAUCACUGCAGUAUUUGCAAACGAUGCAUUCGGAAGAUGGACCAUCACUGUCCGUGGGUUAACAACUGCGUAGGGGAAAGGAACCAGAGGUUUUUCGUGCUUUUUACUAUGUACAUAGCUCUAAUUUCAGCUCAUGCCCUCAUCCUCUGUGGAUUCCAGUUCUUUUCCUGUGUCCGAGAUCAGUGGAUUGAAUGCAGUAACUUCUCCCCACCUGUGACGGUCAUUCUGCUGAUCUUCUUGUGCCUUGAAGGGUUUCUGUUUCUGACGUUCACCGCCGUCAUGUUCGGCACCCAGAUGCAUUCGAUAUGCAACGAUGAAACGGAGAUCGAAAGGCUGAAGAGCGAGAAGCCCACCUGGGAACGGCGGCUGUGCUGGGAAGGGAUGAAGUCGGUCUUUGGGGGACAACCGUCUCUGCUGUGGAUAAAUCCUUUCGCUGGAUUUCGAAUCCGGAGGCUGCUACUGAGGAGGGCCAAGAAAGGAGCGCCCGAAUUUUCCGUCUGAGCCUGCCCAAUCAUGCUGAAACCCACACGAGGCGCGUCUGCUGUAUUUAUUGGGGGGGGGAGGAGGAGGAGGUGAGACGGGGUGGGGGGCAAGCCACAACCCGGGCCUGGCGGACUUUAUAACAAAAGUAUCCAAACAAACACUUUGCUUGUAGCAAGCAAGAGUUUUGUACCUUUGAUAGCCUCCAACGUCUCUCUCUCUCUCUCUCUCUCUCUCUCUCUGGAACGGGGAACAUUUGCCACGCCUGGCUUCCGUUGCACAGAACAAACCAAACACCGAGUGGGGGAAAAAGGGGACAGUCCUGCCGAAGAAGUUCAAAUAAGCAUCUCCACGGCGGUUGCGCGAUUCUAGAAGAACUGCAGUUGUUUUUUACAUUUUUCACCAGGUCUCUUCAUUGGGGAGUCUGUGGGGUUUUCUCUUUUUUUUCCCCCCUCCACUUUCGAAAAGACUGUUCCUGGAGCUGCCAUUGUCAAUCAUGAGACACCGUUGUCAAUCAUGAGAUACCAUUGUCAAUCAUGAGAUACCGUUGUCCAUCGUGAGACGCUGUUGUCCAUCACGGGACGUGCUGGGAAUAGCUAGCCAAACCCAGUCUCCGAAACCAGAAAUUACCAUCUCCUUUCUUCUUUUCACCCCGACGAGGCCUGUGAGCUGUGUUAGGGGUGGGUGAUUAUCUCACACAGCUUCUGAUUUUUCCCACGAGAGAACCCAAAGCUCGCCAGAGUGAGGCUUCAGAUUUCCUCACCUCACCGGAUCAUUCCAUUUCAGGUUCAGUAUCAGUUCAGCGCUAAAUAGGGAGCAACCCUACGAACUCUAAGCUACCGUCUGGGUCAAACGGCUGUUUUUGUUCUCAAUCUAAGGGAAGUCCUCCGCUAUUUGGGGAGGUCAAGAAUGGGUUUUAAAGGAAAAGGAGAGGGGGGCGGGUUGAAACCUCUCAAAGUCGGCCAACUCUCCGUUGUCUCUUUCUCUACCGGGUCGUCAUCAAAUAAGCCGGCAGGUUUUUCAAAAAGUUUCCCCACCCCUCUGGGCACUGGAAGUGGUGCUAGGGACUCAGGAAACCGGUCAUUGGAAAGGAAGUCUCUUCUGAAGCUCAGCAGAACUUAGUCUGGAAGGUCAUCCAUGAAGACGUUCCUCGAGCCAGUCUAUUUGUUUUUGAAGAAGCUGCCUUAGAUCCCCAGGGUACAGGUAGUCCUUGACUUACAUUCAUUUAGUGAUCCAUGGCUGACUGGGGAAAUCUGGGAGUUGAAGUCCAGGUGUCUUUAAGAGUUGCCAAGGUUGAGAUACAUUAUAAGAAGGGAAAGCUCUUAAAAAGAGGUUGAAAAAUGUUGUAAUUAAGGAAGUACCUACGAAAGGCAGGUGGGCAUUUAACUCUGCAUAGGAUUCAGAAUGAAAUUCCACUUGUUUCCUAAUGGUAAUUGGUCUUAAACUAUGCUUAAAGUAAAAGAGACAGAGAGGCACAGCUGCCUUGUAACCAGAAGAUUUGGUACAACUCUUGAGUUAUGUAUGUGUAUCCUGAUUUUUUUUAUAUAAAAAAUGAACUUCUUGUAAGAGUUGUCCUAACUCUAAUAGGGAUGAGUUCUUUUUGUUCUAGUAAUGGCAUCGCAUGCUUCUACCCCCUUAGUUUGGCAUCUACAGAGGGCGGCAACAGGAUACCCGUGUGAUGAAGGUGUCGCACAAAUGUUGGCGCUUAACAUGCUUGUGUGUCUGAGGUUGAGUUACAAGUUCACCAGAGCUGCAUUUGCACAACGAGGUAUAUGGAUUAAGGAGGGCUUGGAGUGGACAUCCCUGGGUCUGUAGUUGACCUCUCAGAGAAAUUCUUGACUUGAGUGAAGUUCUCUGAGUGUAGGUGGAGCAUUUGCAGGUAGGAUCGUGGUUCAGCGGUCAAAGAUGCUGGGCUAGCGGGCUGGAAAGUUGUCAGCCCAGAUUUGAGACCCAAGCGCCACAUGAUGGAGUUAGUUCCUGUACUCGCUCCAGCUCCUGCCAACCUAGCAGUUUGAAAGCAUGCAAAUGCGAGUAGAUAAAUAGGUACCACUUCAGUGGGAAGGGAACAGCGUGAUGUCCGUGAUGUCAUUCUGGCCACACAACAGUGGAAAUAUCCUCGGAUGGCUCAAUGGCUUUGAAACGGAGAUGAGAGAUGAGAACCCGCGUAG